AGUUUGUGAAGCAAGCCAUGUUGCAGACGUUGGGACAUUUAAUCGCGAUUGUCCCAGAACACUUCCACAUCAGCGACGAUCUGAAAACGAGAUAUUUGCAGCUCGAAAACGCCAAUGACGACCUUCCGAACAAUCUCUACGGCCGCUGCUGCGCCUUCUAUUUCCCCGCGGUUUUGAAGUCCAUUUCGGAGACCAAUCGUUUCUGGGAGGACACGAACGGGUGGUACUCGCGUCUGUCGUACCACCAGGACUCGAUCACGUGCCGCAGCCUGGCGUAUUCGCUGCACGUGGUCGCCGAAAUCAUCGGGAGCAAGAACACGGAGAAGUUCCUUCUGCCGAUCCAGGAGCGUUUUCUCGGGGAGAAGGACGACGUGCGCACCGGCGUCAUCAAGAACAUGGCCAAGCUCUGGCGCUUUUUCUCUCCGGAGCGGCGCGAAGAAGCCGCCAAAGUACUCUCGCCUCGCUCCCGCGAUCUUCCGCGUAGAAACUCCCCGAGCUCGUGA